GAAGAAAAGUCGUGAGAGAGAACGCGUUGGCAAAGGAGGACGCAGCCGAUAAAAUGUUACAGUCACCGAGCAGUUCACAUUAACAUCUUCUGGGAAAGUCAAAACCAUUUAUAAACCCUUCAUCUUCUUCCUCUUCCUCUCUGUCUCUCUCCAUAAUUCUUGUCUGCGUCAUCACACAGAGACAGAGGAAUCGUCUCAAAGCUUUUUCUCACAAAUGGCAGGCAGUAAUAUUCUCCAUAAGAUUAAGUUGAAGGCUGGGUUCUGUGGAUCCGCUCCUGACAUGGGAAGAGGCAAAAGCAAGAUGUGGAAGAACAUCACCCACGGUUUUCACUGUGUGAAGGGCAAGUCCAGCCAUCCGAUGGAGGAUUAUGUAGUGUCUGAAUUCAAGAAACUUGAAGGGCAUGAAUUGGGUUUGUUUGCUAUCUUUGAUGGUCACUUGGGUCAUGAUGUGGCUAAAUACUUGCAGACUAAUCUCUUUGACAACAUUCUUAAAGAGAAGGAUUUUUGGACUGACACAGAGAAUGCUAUAAGGAAUGCAUACAGAUCAACAGAUGCUGUCAUAUUGCAGCAGUCCCUUAAGCUUGGUAAAGGCGGAUCAACCGCUGUAACGGGAAUUUUGAUCGACGGUCAAAAGCUAGUUGUUGCUAAUGUUGGAGACUCCAGAGCAGUGAUGUCUAAGAAUGGUGUUGCGCAUCAGCUCUCAGUCGAUCAUGAACCAAGCAAAGAGAAAAAAGAAAUAGAGAGCCGAGGCGGCUUUGUAUCCAAUGUUCCUGGGGAUGUUCCACGAGUUGAUGGACAGUUAGCGGUUGCGAGAGCAUUUGGAGAUAAGAGCUUAAAGAUACAUCUGAGCUCUGAACCGGACAUAACACACCAGACAAUUGAUGAUCACACUGAAUUCAUCCUUUUCGCCAGCGAUGGUAUUUGGAAGGUAUUAUCGAACCAAGAAGCGGUUGAUGCUAUCAAGAGUAUCAAAGAUCCGCAUGCAGCUGCACAGCACUUGAUAGAGGAAGCUAUAUCUAGGAAGAGCAAAGACGACAUCUCCUGUAUCGUUGUAAAGUUCCACUAAUCUUUUUUUUCAGAAAGCUUUUUAUUUGUCUAUAACUUACCAUAUCAAGUUUGCAAGAUAGAGAAAUAUAUGCUCAAGCUGUGUCUGUAAACCCCAGUAAUGAGGUUUCCCAGAAGAUGUAAUAUAUUAUGUUAGCUUG